CGCAGUUGGGAGGCCAUCAGUUUGGUAUUUUUCAUCCUGCUUCUGAUUCUAUGGUUGACUGGGGGAGUACGAGUGUUGACCGAGGGUGUGCUUGAGUGACUCCCAGUCUGUGUGAGUUUUGGGUCCAUGCUGUCAGGCUUGUUGCGACCGCAGCGUGAGUGUUAAAAUAAAGGAUAAACAGAGAGAUACGGAGAAAGGAGAGAAAAGAGAUAGGAGGCGGCUAGAAAAAGACGGGCCAAGAGGGCAGAAGAAGGCACCACGGCAGACGGGAGACAGUCGGAGACGGGAAGAAAAAUAAACACCAGUGGGAGUAGAAAAAGAUAGCCAAGAAACGCAUUAAUAUUGGAAAGGAUUGUCGACCGGUGCUGUCAUGGCAGACGCAGCAGAUUUGGACUUCCAGACAGGUGAUGCAGGGGCAUCUGCCACCUACCCCAUGCAGUGCUCUGCCCUGCGCAAGAACGGAUACGUCAUCCUGAAGGGCCGGCCCUGCAAGAUCAUGGAAAUGUCCACCUCUAAGACCGGCAAGCAUGGUCAUGCUAAGGUCCACAUGGUUGGAAUAGACAUCUUUAGUGGGAAGAAGUAUGAGGAUAUCUGUCCCUCCACUCACAACAUGGAUGUCCCCAAUAUCAAACGGGUGGACUACCAGCUGAUAAACAUCCAGGACGGGUACCUGUCCCUGCUCCAGGACAGCGGGGAGGUGAGGGAGGACCUAAAGAUACCCGAGGGAGAUCUGGGCAAGGAGAUCAACAGCAGGUUUGAGGAUGGAGAGGACAUGAUGAUCACUGUUCUGUCUGCAAUGAACGAGGAGUGUGCGGUGGCCAUCAAAGCUGGUUCUAAGUAAAACGCUACAGUAGCGAGGUGCUCUGGCACAACCGCCUGUUCCCCUGACCCACCUCCUGACCAGGAGAACAGCCUGGCCUGUCCUGCUGGUCUGUGUGAAGUAAAGCAGGAGAAAGUGCAGAUGUCCCACCCCUAGUUUAGACAUCCUUCCUGAGAAAGCAGUGUGCACGGAAAACAUGAUCGUUGUCAUGGUGACAAUGGCCAGGUGCUGACCAGCAAAGAGUGCCAUUUGCACGGCUGCAGAUACAGAGGUUUAGAUUUAUCUAAACCUCUGACGGGAGGGGCAUUGUAGAUGAAUUUUCAUUCUGAAAGACAAAAUCACACUACAGUGCUGAUGGUGAUGUCAUGGAAAGUGUGUAAGUGUUGUGUGGAAGUGAGAUCACACAAAUGGGUAAGAAGGGACAAUUUUUCCACUCCACUGUGAUAACAUUCUGUCUACAUAGAAUUACUUCACAGCACUGCCCCCGCUGGUCAUACUGUGCACUGCAUCACUGUUGCACUCAUUGUAAGUCGGUUUGGAUAAGAAAAUCAGAUAAAUGCCUAAAAUGUAAAUGUUGCAGUUCAGUGCAUUUGUGUUGCAAGUGGCCCAAACACUUUCUACGUCCUGUUUAUAGACCGGUUUGCACACAAGCAGUAUGUGGAUAGACAUAUUCUUAAAGUCCAUGUGGCUAUUAUCACACUUACAGUAAAGUGUCAUCGUUGCCUUUUAUUUGUUAUUUUUACCAUUCGUGGUAAAUUAUCAAUUUAGGACAUCUUAGUACUGACAAACAAAACUAUACUGAAACAAAUCAAUGAAGGAAAAAAAUAGUCAGUUUUGACUUGAUUGUAUUUAUUUCACAGCUCUAAUUUGUUUUGUGAAAACCCAGAUACUGACAUUGAACAUAAUUGUAUGUUUUGAUACAUAUUAUUACAUCGGUUUUUGGUUAUUUCUCAGUGGUUAGAACAUUAGGCCAGGGUAUUUGGACCCCAGGUCACUAGUUAAGUCAUGCUAGUGUACAGUAUUCUCAAAUGUAAUGUAUUAAAUGCUUGUCUGCACUGAUGUCUGGGUGUGUUUACUGUUGCGUAAAGACUUUUGGAUUAUGUUUUUUCCCAGUUGAUCUGGAAAUUCAGUUUGCUGACUCAACCUCUUUCGCUCUUCCCUUUCUGUCUCGUCCUUUUUGGUCUUCUGCUCUUCUCAUCUUCCAGGGGUUGGCGAGAUGCAUUGGACCCAAAAAAAAGAGAGAAUAAGACCUCAGCAUUGCUAUUCUCCCGCUCUUUCUUUCUUAAUCUCUCUUUUUCACUUUCAUUUCUUUCUAGCACCUCUGGGUGAAAUUAGAAUAAAUGUAAUGCAUAAUUGGUAAUGGUAUACAGACAAGACGUAUAUGUAUAUAUGGUAGCUAUGGUUUAAAUAUAUAUAUAUAUACACAUAUACACACUACAGAUAGAGGCAGGAAGGAGGGAUCUGUAUUUUCUCACACUAAACCUGCCCCUGGGGCUGGGGAGGAGACCUCCUGUGAAUGCAAAAUGGCUUUCCUGUACCGAUUUUUAAGGGCUUCUACAUGUGACACUUGUCUUUGUUCUCUUCAGAUCUAUAACCAUUGCAAAUAAGUUCUGCAUUUUCUGUCUUCAAACCCAUCUCUCUGUGUCACCCUAACCUGGCGAUUAAAAUCAUUUUUAUUGCCAGGGUCACAAAAAAUGAGCGUUCCAGUAACUGAGCUAAACAUUUGGCUAAUUCUUUUGUCAAGUUUUCGAUCCUUCUGGAAGUUUCGGUUUUUUGGUUCCCAAAAAAGUCUGCAGAAAGGUUAAAGCAUGGCAAUUAAUUCAAGUUUGCCCCAACCCACCGUUGUAGUACCUGAACUUUGCAGUGCUCUUCACUGCUCACUGCCUACAUUAUCUGCUUUGCGACACCUCUUAUCAGUUAAAGCAAACAUUGCUUAUAGCUUCAGUUAUGGAGAGGACCUUGUGGGUCACCCUCCCCAUACAAUUUGGGUACUCUGUUCAGCCCCUAAUUGGGUACCGACAAUACUUAAGUGAUUAUCUGAUCUCACUAUAGCAGGUGUAAAUAUUCCCUAAAAGUCUCUACAAUUCCCCAAAUUAAGUUCUACUCCGAGCCUGGACAGCACUGGUGGUAUACAGAUGCCGCUGUGAACUCACAAAAACACCUGAAGUUUGGAUCACGGGACUAAGGACAGCUCAGAAUUACAGACUUGUUUUUGCUUUUACUUUUACUUGUUUCUUUGGUUCUUCAAUAUCCUCUGUUGUAAUUUGGUCAAACUUUUUCACUAAAGUUUGUCCUAGUGGAUUCUUAAACCCUGGCAGAAUUUAAAUGUUUACUGUUCACCCACUACUUCAAUUGUAAAAAUCACAAAACUAGUUCCUUUUAAUGGAGAGUUGGAGAACAUUGCAUUUUCCUUUUUUUCAGUCCAUCAGGGUGAAAGAGCAUCAAAGGAAAAUCCUUAUGUAAUUCCGUGAGACGAAAAAAGAAUUAUGCAUUCAGUGUGUAGUUGAAUCAAAGAUAAUGUUGAGAUCAAUGCGGUUUCUUUUUCUUUAAAUUGUUUAAAAGAAAAAAAGCAGUGUUACAGAAACGUUAUGAGAAUGUUGAGUGUCUGCUUGAGUGCUUCCUCUUUUAGUGUACCUGACCAAUGUUUCUGUCUUCACUUCCAUCUGUCCGACUGGCAGACCCUGUGCUAUGCAGUCACGGGUCCCUCGCUCACUCUAACAAGUGUUAUUGCAAACCACUAAACUACUGUUUAUAUAUGGAGGGGUGUCCUGGAUUUUGGGGCGUUUAAAAUAAAAUUUUGACAGCACAGUAACACGUGACAAUCAUUCUGAGAUGAUUCCCCUUCCUUUACUGAUAACUAUAAAACACAAUGGACAAUGCGAUAACCCAGAUUUUAUGCUAGUUUUUGUUUUCCAGAAUUUUAUUUGUGGGUUAUUGCUUUUACCAGGACACACUGCAUAUGCUGAAUAGUGACAAUUAUCCAUAGGGUCCCUGCACCAAAAGAGACUAUAUUAAUUUAUGUAUUAAUAUAAUAUGUAUUCAUUUAUUUAUUCACAGGACGUGCAGAAUGAGGGACACAUUUCAGUGUUGCACUGUUCUGGAGCAUCUCUUUUUUAUUUAUAAACCCCUCAGCUCAGACAUUUACUGCUAAAUAUCUCUGUAUGACAACAUUGGAUUCAAUAAAAGAAACAAUGUGUGUUUCUGUA